GAAUAUGUGAACCAUAACAUGUGUCACAAUUAGGAACUAUAGUGGAUGAAUGAACUCUCACCCGGAAGUGAUCUGUGUAGUGAGACCUUAGUAUUGGAGGAAGCCAAUCGCGGGGAAACAACAUCCUAGGUCUUGUGGGCGACAAAGCAGGGUAUAAGUUCACGUCCUAUGAUCACAUGCCGUACACCACUCUGUCAUAUGCAAGCGGCCCGGGUCCUCUACGGAAAAACCUAACAGGCAUUAAAACGGAUUCUCGAGACUACCUUCAGUACAACUCUGUCCGGAUGAAAUACGAAACUCACGGCGGCCAGGACAUGGCCAUCUUUGCACGCGGUCCCAUGUCGCAUCUAUUCCACUCCGUGCAAGAACAGAACAACAUCGCCCACGUCAUGGCCUACGCGUCGUGCGUGGGCAGCAACAAAAAACACUGCAGCAGCCUCAACAUGCAUCAGGGAGGAUCCAGCGUCAGAGUUGGGGUGGUGACAUUGGUCGUGUGCUUUCUGACGGUAUAUAGGAAUGCCGACAUAGAUUAAUGAAUUUUGAGGAAAUAGUUUCAUGUUUUACUCUUUUUUUUUAAUACGAUUAUUAAAUACAGAAGGUGUAUGAGUAAUACUACUAGAUACGGCGGAGCGGGGGGUAGGGGUGGGUGCAAUAAUUGUGAAUCGAAAAUAAUAUUGAUAGUAAAUAUUAUGGCAGAUAUGAAUUUUACUUGUAGUAUACACGAAAUUGCAUUUCAGGACAUCUAUUUUUCAAACUUGAAUGGGGGAGCAUUUGCGCCCUCGAUCUCAAUCCCCCACCCCCCACCCCCCAUGUGUAUUUGCUUCCGCCGUGCCUGGGUAUGUCUGGUACCAAUGCGUGAUUUGCACACACACAUAGUACAUGUAUACAACUUAUCUAGGCUGUGAUGUUUGCUAUAUACACAUUAUAUAAACAUCUGUUGAAAUAUAUUUCGUUUCGCCUGUGUUUUUAUAACUUUCUUAAAGCAGCAAUCUCUAGUAUAUUUUUAACAUUUAAGCAUUUAUAAUAUAUGACGUCUUCUGUGAUAUCAUUAGACGAUUUUGAAGCACUGAUAUUAAAAUGUUG